UUGGACGGGGGCGGGCUCUUCGGGCCCCCAUUGGCUACAGGCCCCCACUCUACCAGGGCUCCCCCACCUUACCCCACCACAUCAGUCUGUCCUGCUUCCAGCUGCUGCAGCCGCGCCUUCACUGCCUCAGCAUUCAGCAACCCCCUGCUCAGGCUCAGCAUGGCCACCCCAACCCAGAGCCCCACAAACGGUCCUGAGGAAACAGAUCCUUUUUUCUAUGACUACGCCACCGUGCAGACUGUGGGGAUGACCCUGGCCACUAUCAUGUUCGUACUGGGUAUCAUCAUCAUCCUCAGCAAGAAGGUGAAGUGCAGGAAGGCGGACUCCAGGUCUGAGAGCCCAACAUGCAAAUCCUGCCUUGGCAACGACGAUCCCCAAAGAGUCUAUUUGUACCCCAGAUCCAGAGACUCAGGCCUCCAGCUCCUGGGAUCCAGGAGUCCGUCCCCAGCCCCCUGGGAUCCUCGUGUCCCUCCCUCCUGCAUCUCCUGGUCUCCUUCUCCAGGACCUUCCCGGCUUACCCUCAGGGUCCACAUCUUGAGCUUAAUAAAUGUGCAUUCGGUUUUCCCCCCGUUCUGUCUGUGUGUUGUCGUCUGUGGGCACCAGAGGACUGGGUGGGAGCUGAGGUGGCUGUCCUGUCCCCUCCUCCCCCUCCUUCUCCCCAAGGGCCUCCUCCUCUCUCCACAUCCUUCCUUCCACACCUCCCCCAAGGGGUCUUCCCUUCUCUGCACCCUUGUCCCCAUCUGCGUCCCUCAGAGCCUCGAGUGGAGGCCACCGCCCUCCGUGCCCCCCCCCCCCCCCCUUCCCCCUCCCCCGCUCCCACCCCUGCCUGUGGGGCCUGGAAACGAGAGGAAAUGACUGAGUCGCUCUGGUC